AUGAACGAUACUUUGAUGCGCUAUAAAGAGACUCCCUCGCGGGACAUUUACUACGAGGAUCAUAAGCGGGUAUGCUGCGGCCGAAUGAAAUUAAAGACCGCGUGUUUAACAAUCGCUGGAAUUGAAAUAAUCUAUUGGGCAUAUUACUUGAUUCUUCUAUUCUUUGCAAUAAUUCAUCACCAACAAGCAUGGUCCGCGGUAUUCACCGGAGUUAGCCUCCUCACUCUCACAAUUCAAGUACUCUUGAUCUUCUACGGCGUUCUAACAGAAAAUCCAAAAUAUUUGCAGACUCAUCUCGUUUUUCUAACAUUAACAUUUAUAUAUGAUUUGGUUUUGGCCUGCAUUUUCUUCGGCCUUACCAUUUUCCCAAAUGCAUACUCAAACCAUGAUGUGAAAUUUAAAGGAGGGCAUUUCAAUGCACGAACCUUUGGAAUUGUCAUGGGAUCGCUGCUGAUCCUCUGGUUUAUUGCGCGAAUCUUCGCCUUAAAAAUAAUUUAUCGAUAUUGGAAAUUGCUACGGAUAUUGCACGGAUACGGCAGAAACAGUGUCGAUCAAUAA